AUGCAUGAUGAGCCCGUCGAUUACAUUGCGAACCUCCCGAGCCUCUUUGCGAACCUCACAGUCGCGUUCGACAACACCUCUGUGCACGGCAUUGGCGAUCUCUCGACCUCAAUAAACGUCAAGGAAUUGGACAUCUACAACUACAAUGUGGCGAUCAAUACCUCCAACACCUCGUGGCCGCCCAAUCUUGAAAGUCUGCAGCUUCGGCAGGCCCAAUUCACGACGCUGCCUAAUCUAGCAUCCAUGCCGCAGCUCCUCUAUCUGGACGUACGAAGCAAUCUCUUUACGCGCCUCGAGAAUCUCGACUUGCGCGGCUUGAGACGAGCGAACUUUGACGACAACCCGAUCACGACGAUAUCCAACGUCUCUUUGAGCAGUGGCGAGCGCUCCGAUACAUUGAUGUUCGGUCUCUCGGGCUGCAAGAUUACGACAUUUCUUGUCAACCCGGACACGUACACCGUGCUCCUCAAUGCAAACAAGACGGUGCAGCUGCACAACAACGACUUGCCGCCGACGAUCGACGUCUCGGCGACCUGCAAGGCACCAAAUAGCAUCAAACCCGUCAUGCAAGGAGCCUACUCGGUGUGUGUGACGCCAGAGUCGAUGCUGCCGCCACCACCGCCACCACCGCCACCAACGACCGCACCGUCACCGACGACCAUAUCGCCGUUGUCGGCGUCGACAAGCGCCGACCAAGCGUCCUCGCGCCUCAGUAGCGGUGCGAUUGCUGGUAUCAUCGUCGGUCUUGUCACCGUCGUGGCUUCCCUGGUCCUUUUCCUGGCUCGACGGCAGCGUCGACUGCAGCUAAUAUUGAUGGAGCGCAACGCGCUGUACCUCGACGCGCUUCAGAUGCUGCGGCUCGACGAAGGAUCCCUCGUCAAGCUUCAGUUUGUCGCAGAAGGCGCCUAUGGCCAAGUGUCGAGAGGCGCGUACAAAGGAGAGCCCGUCGCGAUCAAGAGCUUAUUGCCAGGAAAGCACUCGCAAGCCGACGUCACCACCUUUGUCGCUGAGAUUCAGCUUGCUUCCAUGAUGGAGAGCCCGUACAUUGUCAAGCUACUGGGUGCGAGCUGGCGGACGCCGUCCGAGCUCGAGAUGGUGCUCGAACGACGCCGCCCACACUUUUACUGGGACGAGAAAGCGACCUGCAUGCUAUCGAUCGCCGAAGGUCUUGUCUACAUGUACACGAUGAACAUCAUCCACCGCGACCUCAAGUCCCGAAACAUCCUCCUUGACGCUAUCAAGGGGACCAAGCUCACCGAUUUCGGCGUCUCGAGGGAGAUGACGACCGAGACCAUGACGAUCGGCGUCGGCACGUAUCGGUGGAUGGCGCCCGAGGUCCUUCAGGAGUGUUACUACUCGACGUCGGCCGACAUUUACUCGUUCGGAAUGGUGCUCUCGGAGCUCAGCACCCACGACAUUCCGUACGCCGACGUUCGUUCCGAGAACGGCCACCCGCUCGUGGACACGGCCAUCAUGUCGCGCGUGAUCCAAGGGACAAUCUCUCCAUCGUUUGUGGCGUCGACACCGAUGUGGGUGAUCACUCUGGCGCAAUCCUGCCUCGCGCACGCGCCAGAGCAUCGCCCGACAGCUAUUGAAAUUGCACAUACGAUUGAACGACAAAGAAAGACACUAGGACAUGUGUAA